AUGGAAUCAACAGAUAUGAACAGCCGAAUGUCUACCUUAACUAUCGAUCUCGAUCGACUAAGUGACUUUCGAAAAAGUGAAACAAGUCUCUUAAGUGCAGCAAACGAUGAUUCAAGUUUUCAGCCUAAUGAAAAAAUGCCAUUGGAGGGAAGCUAUGCAAUAUGGAAUAAUCGUGGUGGCUCUGGUAAAACUAAUUUAACAUAUCAUUUGGCUAUUAAAUACGCAUAUAAAAAUCCAGAUAAAACAGUUCUUGUUGUUGAUAUGUGCCCACAAGCUGAUCUAAGCCAUGCUUUUCUUGGUGAUGACGAUGAAGGUCAUGAUUAUGUUUCGCAAAUUGGUUCACUGAAAAAGAAUCCAAUGAUACUUGAUGGACAACAAUUUAUACCACGUACCGUAUCCGGUUAUCUUGACCUGUUUACAUCGGUUGGUUUACCAAAUAAUGUUGAUCCACGUACAUUUCUAUUUAAUGUAUCGAAAUUUAACAAUCAAUUGCCCCGCAAUGUUUAUCUUUUAUGCGGUGAUACGUCUCUUGAAUUAUUAGGUAAAGCAAUGGAUUUAAAACGAAGUGCAACAACAGUAACGCCAUAUGCCAAUCCAUGGCGAACAAUAACACAAAGUUUACGUGUAUUCGUUCAUAAAAUAGGCGAACGACGUGGAAUUAAAUUAAUGACUUUUAUCGAUACGAAUUCUUCAUUCAAUAUUGCAACUGAAAUAGCGUUAGCAGCUGCUGACAGAAUUAUUUUGCCUGUUAGCGAAGAACAUUUACAUCGAAAUGGCUUCGAAUAUCUAUUCAGUCUUCUCUAUGGUUUUUCUCAACCGUCCAGUAUAUAUUCAUAUUAUCGUCAUUAUAGUUUUUAUUAUCGCGCCGAUGAAAAUGGCGUUAAAUUACCUAAGAUACAUUUAAUUCUAUGUAAAGCAGCAUCAACUACUAAAGAACCAAUGCUAGGUAUCAGUUGUAAUCAAUCACCGAAAGCUGAAGAAAUCGAAAGUUGCUGGCAUUUUGUCUAUGAUGUAUAUACCAAACAUCGUGAUGCAUUUGAAGUUCAUUCAAACGAAAGAAUGUCACCACGUCCAUCAUCAUCAUCAUCGAAUAGCGAACGAUAUUCAACAAUAUCUGUUAAUAAUCAUACAAAUAAUUUUCUCUCUAUUGAAACAUUUGAAGAAUUUAUGCGUCAAUAUGUUAUGCAUAUUAGUAAUGAUACAAAUGUUGUAUCACGCAUCGCUGUUAAAUCUCAUUCGCCAUUAUUAGCUUUUAAAAAUCCUCAUCAUUCGCAUGAGUAUCAAUCAAAUACGCAAAAUUUUGACAAAGCAUUGAACGAUAUUGUCGAACGCAUUUAA